GAGAUCAUCUGGAGCCACGUAUCAUCACCUCGUGGACAGCGGCCCAGGUAGAUAAAUGCCGCGGGUUUGUUAACUACGUUGAAGGGUUGCACAGGGCCGGUUCUCUUUGGACUCGUGGUAUCACGGAUGUGAGUCAACGCUGGAGAUUGAUCAGUCUGGACGCAAAUGCAGACCCAAUGAUUGCGGACUUGCCCCAAUUGCAAAGCAAAUUGAGCGGUCUGGAAGCCGUGGCGUUCUCUGUAUACGGACAUGGCUACCCACGCAAGGACUGGCGUUGACGCGUCCAAAACCUUCCACGACACUUCCCUGCAUAUGAGCUUGGAGAUCCAACGCGAUCAGGCAAUGAUCGCAACCACGCAAGAUCUCAACGGGUCCUGCAGGGUCACACCUUACGCCUAUCGAGAACUCGUUAGCGGGUAUUGGAAUAGCCGUUCUGAGUUAACAUCGAUGGAAGAAGGCGGGCGCUGUCUGUUUCCCGAGCCGGUGCUUUUGACGAGCCGCGAUCGGACAGUAUCUCUCUUCGUCAAUCGUCGCCUACAGCUGUUGGGGGAUGCUGACCUGUAUGGUCAGGGAACGAGGUAUUGGCAAUCUAGGACCACAAAUGCGCCUCCCGAACUUGUGGGUCUACAUUCACUACACGUGGGGUCUUCCUCGGUUGUCAUUGACUAUGGCUGCUUUAACAAAGAUUUCAUCUUCCACAAGUCUCGCGAUCCCCGACCGUCACAAGCAACACCUCGACCACCAUUACGCCCACAGCCAAUCAUGCGUAGUCGACUAACACACACUAUCAGUCCUAAGCCCUUGGUUGAUGUUGUAACCACUCGCAGUGCCGUGGCAAACCUAAUGCCAGUAAGGCAACCCUUUGCCUGACUGGCCAGCAUGCCACUGCGGCGGUUGCAUACAGGCCUUACUAGGAUUGUCGAUCAUAUUCAGGCGCCUAGUACCGUCUUGCAUGCUGUCGGCGAAGCCCGUCACUAUACGAGCAGACCAUUUAUCUGCUCGUGUGCUCUCUACACCCGCAAGCUGAUGAGUAGGAUACAGGAGCAUGU